AUGGCGCGUUCAUUCGACACGGCCCAAACCCCCUUGAGCGGCUAUUUUCCGGGCAACAUGCAUUUCCAGGACCCAAAUCAGAUCCCUGCUUAUUCUAUCUUCGGUGCUAGCCAGUAUCCCGACAGUGUAGCUUUUUGGCACAACCUGCCCCCACAACCCCCGCAGCCUGGCAUUCCUGCAGCGGCAACGCCAUAUUCCUCUACUCCGACCAAACAACACCACCAGCCGCCUUUGUUGCAGCCUGUCUCCGAUCAGAAAAAGCACAAGCGCACCCGAAGCGGUUGCUUCACCUGCCGCUCCCGUCGCAUCAAAUGCGACGAGGCCCGUCCGGUCUGUGAGAGAUGUCGGAAAGGUAAUCGCGACUGUGCCUAUCCGUCGCCCACUGCGACUGGUACUUCAUCCAAGGCAGCGUCGCGGUUUGGAACCAAGGCCAGAGCCCAACGCCCGCCAUCGCAAGGGAGUGACUCUUCGGGCCAUGUUGGACUGGAUGAGUUUCGCGCGCUGGAGCCGAUUCUAGACGAGGAAGAGGUGGACGAAGGCAGCGUGGAAUCGGCAACUCUCUUGUCUCCCUCCACAACAUCACUGCCAGCCCGUGUCAGGCCGGGCCCGGCUACAAAGCAAAGCAUGCAGUCGCUGAGGAAGCGCAGGACGAAGCAAACAGCUCCAGAUGCGACACCCUCCAACACAGAAGGCAGUUCACCCUCCACUGAAGCUUCCUCUAGAUUCGAUUCGAUGAGUGCGCGGUCGGCCAGUGUCGGACUGUCCAAUCAGGAACCUCUUGGCGCCGACAACUUCUCGCAUCUGCCAGAAGAUUUGCGAUCUUACCUUACUUUUCAUCAAGAGUACAUGACGUAUCGUCAUUAUUUUAUGAGGCCGUCUUCCGAUCAGUUUGUUCAUCACAGCAUCAUCAGAUUUGCCCUGCAAUACGAGCCGCUUCUCUAUGCGAUCGUCGGUUUCUCUGCUUACCACCAUUCGGUACAUAGCGGCACGGGGAAACUCUAUACCUUUCUUCGGUAUUACGACAAGGCCUUGAAGUUGUUGCGGAAAUCUUUGGCAUCGGGAGAGCCACAUUCUGAAGCAACGCUCAUUACCGUCCUUGCGCUUACAACUUUCGAGGAAUUCAUAGGCGACUGGGUGAAUCUCAUCGACCAUCAUCAAGCCGCUCAUUCGUUGAUGCGCGAACUUCUAACUCCAGAGUCCGUCAAAUACAAUGAACUUCAUGCGAAUAUAUUCCUUUGGUACGCUCGAUUCGACCUGGUCGCGGGGAUAUUGGCCGGAAACGAGGCGAUUCUGGGCCGUGAGUGGUACAUUGCUGGAGAAGAACAUGACGCCGAACAAGCCGCCAAUUUCCCAGAAGACCCGCAGAAGCAGCUCGCAUUGGCGGGGUCCAUAAAUCGCCGAUUCGGACUAGAGAUGGCCUCUCUGUAUGCAAAACUCUCUCGCGGAAUGAUCCCGAUCGAGGAGUUUAUUUGUCAAAACGAGCAGCUCGACCAGCUAUUGGAAAAGAUGAAGAGCAUCCUGGAAACACUCACAGAUCCAGAGUACAGGGUCACAAGCUUUCCAAAUCAAAAACCCUUGACGGAAGAUGAUUUCGUCGACCCUUACGUUCCUGGCGGUCUGCAUGUCGGCCCGUUAUGGGAGGUUAAUUUUGCUUGGAUUGACUACCUGUCAACAAAAGCAAUGUUCAAGUACCAAUCCUUAUUGUCCGUUCGCCAAUCGUCAAUGGCGGAACUGGAACAUUUGGCUCUAGAGCAGUGCCAAUUAAUGGAGACAAUCGAAAGGUGGCCCGACAAGGAGAACGGUUAUAUGUUUGCAUUCAAGCACAGCAUCGGAAUGGCGAGCAUGUUUCUGCCAAGGGAUCAUAAACAUGUCAUGUGGGCCCGAAGAAAAUUCGCGCUGAUGGAGCAGAACGGCUACAUCACGCCCCCCAAGUUCCGUGCAGGCAUGGCAGCCCUUUGGCAAUUGCCCGAGAUUAACCACUGGUGGCUACCAAAUGAGGAAGGAUACCCCGAGAUCAUCCGCGAGGUUCGCUCGAUGACUGAAGAAAGGACAACACAUGCACGAGACGACUUUCGGGAAAACGUACGCGACAUGAGAACCAUCUUCUGGAAACUUAGCUUGGAUGACACCGAAAGCGAGACUAGCCCGUCUUCUGCUGGUUUGGAACCUUCUCGAUGA